AUGGCCGUUCUAGUCGUCACCGGCCGUCGUCUCAAACCCCGAAGCGGUUUCCCCAGUGCGUUGAGCGUACUGAGUACUGCCGCCCCGGGUCCCUUCUCUAAGGCCACCCCCUCGAUGUUCUUGGGACUCCAACUACAGGCCGAAAGCGAAAAAGCCCAGUAUGUCCUCCACACUGGUGAUCUCCCUGUCCCACUGUUCCCGUCCCUCUACAGGCGGGACCUGUGGCAGUAUGAUGACCAGUUUGAUGACCAGUAUAAUGACCAGUUUGAUGACCAGUAUGAUGACCGGUACGAUGACCAGUAUGAUGAACAGUACGAAGACCAGUACGAUGUCCAGUAUGAUGACCAGUACGAUGACCAGAACGAUGACCAGUAUGAUUUCCAGUAUGAUGACCUAUUGGAUGACCAGUACUAUGACCAGAACAAUGGCCAGUAUGAUGACCAUAAGAAGCACAGUGAUGACAAGAGUGGUGACCAUGUUGAUGACGAUAGUGUUGACCUUUAUGAUGACCAGUAUGAUGCCAAUUGUGAUGACCAGCAUGAUGACCUAUAUCAUGACCAGAGUGAUGACAAGCAUGAUGACCAGUAUGAUGACCGGAAAGAUGAACUGAUUGAUGGCCAAAGUGAGAACCAUUAUUCUUACCAGUUUGAUGACCAGUUUGAUUAUCGGUAUAAUGAGAAGAAUGAUUAUGGCAAGCGGUUUGAUGCAUAA